CACCGCUGGGGCAGGGGCUGCGGCCCCGUGCUGGUGCCAGCGGGGAAGGGAGCAGCGCACCGGCCCUGCCCCGCGCUGCGGGGCCCCGCAGGGUCCCGGCCCCCAGCCCUCCAGCCCCACUCGGGGCCCAGCUCCCGUCCCCCUGCCCCAGGGCAGGUGCUGAGGCUGCCGCCCCCACCCCACAGAUCUUCACCCGCCUGGGCAAGUGCUACACCUUCAACUCGGGGCAGCCGGGCACCGAGCUGCUGACCACGCUGCAGGGCGGCGCGGGCAACGGGCUGGAGCUGAUGCUCAACAUCCAGCAGGAGGAAUACCUGCCCGUCUGGGGGGACACCGAUGAGACGUCCUACGAGGCGGGGGUGAAGGUGCAGAUCCACAGCCAGCAGGAGCCCCCCUUCAUCGACCAGCUGGGCUUCGGGGUGGCGCCUGGCUUCCAGACCUUCGUGUCCUGCCAGCAGCAGCGGCUGGUGUACCUGCCCCCGCCCUGGGGGGACUGCAAGGCCACCCCCAUCGAGUCCGACUUCUUCACCAACUACAGCAUCACCGCCUGCCGCCUCGACUGCGAGACGCGCUACCUGGCCGAGAACUGCAACUGCCGCAUGGUGCACAUGCCGGGCAAUGCCAACGUCUGCACACCGGAGCAGUACAAGGAGUGCGCUGACCCUGCGCUGGACUUCCUGGUGAAGAAGGACAGCGAGUACUGCGCCUGCCGCACGCCCUGCGACAUGGUGCGCUACGGCAAAGAGCUCUCCAUGGUGAAGAUCCCCAGCAAGGCGUCCGCCCGCUACCUGGCCAAGAAGUUCAACAAGACCGAGCAGUACAUCGCGUGAGUGCCGUGUGGCCACGCUGCUGCCCGUGGUGU